AAGUGAAACUAACUUGAUCGCGCGCUGACAGCAGUAAACACGUCACUGUGGAUGCUGGUCUCUUAGAGCAUCUGGCGUUAAACCUGACACCACAAUAUAUAUAGGCUAGUGUAUAUGAAAAGGAAAUUAUAAGAACACAUCGGAAUAAACGUCUGUGGUGAAGACGCUCUACAGGAGUCCGUGAUGGAAAUGAGGUAUUCACAGCUGUUUUUUCUACCCGUGUUUCUGUUUAUAAAUGGAGUGUCUCUGCAGAAGACUGCUGUGGGUUUUAUUGGAGGUUCUGUUGUUUUACCUUGUUCUUCUGGAAAACCACCAUCGACAGUUCAAGGCAUAGCUGUGUUUUGGAGACACAGAGGCCAGAAUGUGUAUAUCAUUAUUUAUGGUGAAGUCUCUGAAAAAGGACAGGAUCCAGAGUACAGGAACAGAGUUGAAAGCUUCCCCGAGGAGUUCAAGAGAGGAAACUUCUCCAUCAAACUCAACAAUCUUCAACACACUGAUGCAGGAGAAUACAAGUGCUCCAUCAUCACAGAGGAAUUAGUCUGGAGAGUUAAGCUUUCAAUUAAAGAAAAGCCAAUCCCCGGUGAAGGCACAGAACCAAGACCAGAGAUGAUUUUAAUGUUCAUUUCCAUUCUGUACACUGCCAUUAUAUUUUAAUGGACUGUAUGUUGGUUCAGCAAUGUAUCAGUAUAAUCAACAUGUACUUUAUUUAUUUAUUUAUUUAUUAGUUUAUUUAACUGGGACAAUGCAGUAUAACAUUAUGCAGUAUGAUGCUCCACAUAUACAAUAGGCCUCUAGCCAAAGGCUCAUUUGCAGCCCCAGUCCCUGGUUAGGUACUUUUUUUUUUUUUAACAACGGUAAAACAAUAACACACACAAAAAAAGAAAAAGAAAAAAAAAAAUUGUGUACAACCAUCAGUGUUCACAAACCUGCUUUUGGACUACUGUUUUUUAAAUAUAAUGUCUGGGGCAGGAUUAUUUACACAUUUAAUAAAAGACAGUUUUAUACAAUUUUAAUAACUAAGCAAAUUAUGCUUUUGAAUAAUAUUACAAUGAUGCCAUCUAUUUGGCUUCUUGUCCAAAAUUCUUUUGUGUUUGUUUAUGUAGGGAUUUAACAGGUUUUCAACAGUCACACAAUAACUAGAAAAUUGCAUGCAUGUAUAACUUAGCUGCUUUUAGAGAUCUACAGUAUAUGGGCUAAUCAUGUGUUACGUGUUAGAACGUAAUUGUGGUGUCACAAGUGUGUUAACAUGUGAGUACUGUGUGUAUUUUCUUGUCUCUCUCUUUUUCGCUCCCUGCUCAUUAGAGGAACAGGUGCAAGUAGGCGCAGCUGAAGCAUCUCAACGUGUGUGUGUGUGUGUGUGUGUGUGUGUGUGUGUGUGUGU